UCUCUUGCAAACAAACACCGGAUAACUUCUCUCUCCCUCUUCUUACUUUGUCGAUCAUCGAAGGUGCCUUUCUUGUAUUCAAGAAGGGUCCUACAAACCAAUAGCCAUUUUUUUUUACCUGUUUAAUGGAUCUCAGUCAAAUCUGAGGGGGUGCCUUGGCACCUCCUGAAUAAGCUUUCAAUACAACCCUACACGAGUAAAAGAGAGACAAAAGGGUUGUCAAAAUAUCACGUGUCCAAUUAUCUACACCAAAAAGAAAAAAAAAAAAAAGCGUGAUUGCGAUGGGCGAAUUGAAGGCAUGCAGAGUAGCGUGGGCGAUUGGGCGAAGUAUGUCGAACAAUGAAAGGGUCUCCAAUAUCCAAAAUCCCUAAUCCCUAAUCAUGAUCACGACGACGACAUUCGUUUCUUUCUUCCCUAAUUCCAAAAUCCUACUUUACAAUCGCCGUUGAAGAAGGGUGUUAUGACAAAUAUCAUCGUAGGUUCCGAGGUGUGGGUUGAAGACCCAUCAGUUGCUUGGAUAGAUGGAGAAGUUUUAAAAAUUAACGGAGAAGAAGUAGAGAUUCAUACUACUGAUGGGAAAACGGUUAUUGCAAGUUUAUCAAAAAUAUAUUCUAAAGACGUGGAAGCUCCGGCUGGUGGAGUUGAUGACAUGACCAAGCUUUCUUAUUUGCAUGAGCCUGGAGUGUUACACAAUUUAUCUACAAGAUAUCAACUCAACGAAAUAUAUACAUAUACUGGCAAUAUCCUAAUUGCUGUUAACCCAUUUAAAAGAUUGCCCAAGUUGUAUGAUGCUAAAAUGAUGGAACGCUACAAAGGAGCAGCAUUGGGGGAGUUGGAUCCUCAUGUUUUCGCAAUUGCAGAUGCUGCUUUUAGGGCAAUGGUUAAUGAAGGAAAAAGCAACUCGAUAUUGGUCAGUGGUGAAAGUGGGGCCGGUAAAACCGAAACCACUAAAAUGCUUAUGCGGUAUCUUGCCUAUUUGGGUGGUCAUAAAGGCACCGAAGGACGAACUGUUGAACAACAAAUUCUGGAAUCAAAUCCAGUUCUGGAAGCCUUUGGCAAUGCAAAAACUGUUAGGAAUGACAACUCCAGUCGUUUUGGUAAGUUUGUUGAGAUUCAGUUUGAUAAACAAACACGGAUAUCUGGAGCAGCCAUCCGAACAUACCUUCUUGAGAGAUCUCGUGUGUGCCAAAUUUCAGAUCCUGAACGCAACUAUCAUUGUUUUUAUCUUCUGUGUGCAGCACCUCCCGAGGAAAUUAAGAAAUAUAAACUGGGAGAUCCUAGAUCAUUUCGAUAUCUCAACCAAUCAAAGUGCUAUGAGCUUGACGGUGUAAAUGAUUCCCAUGAUUAUCUUGCCACUAGGAGAGCUAUGGGUGUUGUUGGAAUGAAUGAAAAGGAACAGGAUGCAAUUUUCAGAGUUCUGGCUUCAGUUCUCCAUCUCGGUAAUAUCGAUUUCUCCAAAGGGAAAGAAGUUGAUUCAUCGGUCUUGAAAGAUGACAAAUCCAAAUUUCAUCUUCGGACGGCAGCAGAGUUGUUAAUGUGUGAUCUUCAAGAAUUGGAAGAUGCGCUACUAAAGCGUGUGAUGGUUACUCCUGAAGAAGUUAUCAAAAGAAGUCUUGAUCCAGUUGGUGCGUCAGUUAGCAGGGAUGGUUUGGCUAAGACGUUAUACUCACGCCUAUUUGACUGGUUAGUGGAAAAAAUUAAUGUGUCUAUUGGGCAAGAUCACAAUUCAAAAUAUCUGAUUGGGGUCCUUGAUAUAUAUGGUUUUGAAAGCUUCAAAGCCAACAGUUUUGAACAAUUUUGUAUUAAUUACACCAAUGAGAAGCUGCAACAACAUUUCAACCAGCACGUGUUCAAGACGGAGCAAGAGGAAUAUACCAGAGAAGAAAUCGAUUGGAGCUACAUAGAAUUUAUAGAUAAUAAGGAUGUUCUAGAUCUUAUUGAAAAGAAACCUGGUGGGAUAAUUGCUCUACUCGAUGAAGCCUGUAUGUUUCCAAGGUCAACUCAUGAAACAUUCUCACAUAAGCUUUAUCAGACGUUUAGAUCUCAUCCAAGAUUCUUCAAACCAAAAUUGUCCCGCACCGGUUUCACAAUUUCUCAUUAUGCAGGAGAGGUUCAAUAUCAGUCUGAACAAUUUCUAGACAAAAACAAAGAUUACGUUGUUCCGGAACAUCAAGAUAUGUUGACUGCUUCCAAAUGUUUUUUCGUAUCUGGUCUUUUCCCUCCCAUGCCUGACGAGGCAACGAAAUCUUCAAACAAAUCUUCUAAAUUCUCAUCAAUUGGAUCUGUCUUUAAGCUGCAACUUCAGCAGUUGAUGGAAACUUUAAAUUGCACAGAACCCCACUAUAUUAGAUGUGUGAAGCCAAAUAAUCUUCUUAAACCUGGUAUCUUUGAAAAUGUCAACAUUAUGCAACAGUUACGAUGUGGGGGGGUUCUAGAAGCAAUACGCAUCAGCUGUGCUGGCUAUCCGACUCGCAAGAGUUUUUCUGAUUUUGUUAACCGAUUUAGCAUUCUUGCUCCAGAGGUUAAGGAAGGAAAUCUGAAUGCAAAGGAUGCAUGUAAAAAGAUCCUGGACAAGGUGGGGCUUCAGGGGUCUCAGAUUGGCAAAACCAAAGUUUUCCUUAGAGCGGGUCAGAUGGCGGAAUUGGAUGCAUGGAAAGCACAAAAACUUAGCAGUGCAGCCAAACUACUUGAAAGAAAGAUGAGAACUUACAUUGCUAGGAAACAUUUUCUUGCCUUGAGGAAAUCUGCUAUAGUCUGGCAAUCUUUCUGCAGAGGAAAGCUUGCUUUAAAAUUGUACCAACACAAGCAAAAGAAUGCUGCUUCACUAAGAAUACAAACGAAUUAUAGGCGACACUUAUCAAGAAAGGUCUAUAACAAACUCAAGCUGUCAGUAGUAGUCUUCCAGGCACGUCUUCGAUCAAUGGUUGCUAAUAAAAAAUUCAGAAUCAGACAACAAAACAAGGCAGCAGUUCUUUUGCAAGCACGUUGGCGUGGUCAUAGAGAUUAUUCAUACUAUAAGAAACUGAUACGGGCAGCAGUUAUUACCCAAUGUAGAUGGAAAAGAAGAAUCGCUAGGAAAGAGCUUCGAAAAUUAAAAAUGGCUGCAAGGGAAGCAACUGUACUCCAACAAGCAAAGGACAAUCUUGAAAAACAAGUGGAAGAUCUUCUGUUGCAGUUAGAGUCAGAAAAACGCUUGAAGGCUGAGUUGGAAGAAGCAAAAAACAGGGAAAUUAAAAAAGUUCAGAAAUCACUGCAGAGGGAAGUUGACGAAUCAAAUGCCUUGCGUGUUAAGGAACAGGAGUCUGCACAGAAAGCAAUAGAAGCAAAAGAUGAAGAGAUUCUGGAAUUACGGAACUCACUGAAAUCCAUGCAGUGUAAUAUUGAUGAGACCAAUAACUUACUUUUCAAGGAACGGGAACUAAAAGAAUCGAAAGACCAGGAAAUACAGAAACUGCGUAGUAAAGUUGAUGAAUUGGAUGCCUUGCUUGUCAAGGAACAUGAAUCUGCAGAGAAAGCAAUUAAAAAAGCUAACGAAAUAAAAGAUCAAGAGAUUUUAAAAUUGCAGAAUUCUCUGCAAGCCUUGCAGAAUAAAGUUGAUAAAACAAAUGAAUUGUUUCUCAAGGAAAGUGAUUCUGCACGAAAAGCAAUCGAAGAAGCAAAAGAUGAGGAAAUACGUAAAUUGCAGAAUUCCUUGCAAGUCAUGCAGAACAAACUUGACAAAACAAACGAAGUCCUUUCCAAGGAACGUGAUUUAGUACAAGCAAUUGAAGAAGCAAAAGAAGCAAAAGAUAAGGAAAUUCUAAAAUUGCAGAAUGAAGUCAACAAAACAAAUGACUUGCUUAGCAAGGAACGCGAGUCGGCUCAGAAAGCAAUUGAAGAAGCGAACAAAACAAAGGAUUUUGAAAUUCAGAAGUUGCAGAGCUCUCUGGAGACCAUGCAGAGUGAACUUGCGGAAGCAAAUGACUUGCUUCUCAAGAAAAGCGAGUCGAUACAGAAAGCAAUUGAAGAGGCUAAAGAAAUGAAAGAUCAGGAAAUUCAGAAAUUGCAGAACUCCCUGCAAGAGACACAGAGUAAAUUAGAUGAAACAAAUGCCUUGCUUAUCAAGGAACGUGAGUCUUCAGGGAAAUCAAUUGAAGUGGCAACAAGAGUCAAAGAAAUUCCGGUUCGUGUCGAGGAUACAGAACGGAUUGCUAGUUUAACUACAGAAGUCAAAAACUUAAAGGUUUUAUCUGAAUGGGAAAGGCAACGAGCAGAUGAUUCUGAAAAGAAAUUUAGUGAAGCUCUGGAAUCAAGUGAAAAUAAGCAGCUGAAGUUGGAAGAAAAUGAAAGAAGAAUCUUUCAACUUCAGGAAUCUGUGGAGAGUAGGCUUGAGGAAAAGCUCGCCAACCUAGAGUCGCAGUCGCCAAAUCAAGUUCUUCGCCAGACUGCUUUAUCAAAUCUGCAAAAAAACAAGUUCGAGGAAGGACACUCAAGGUCCAUUAAGGAUAUUCAUAGUUCUUCAACACAUUCAAGAGACGCUUCAGAUUCAGACGAGAAAUUAAAGAAGUCGCUCGAUGAGGAACCUGAAUAUCAUGAUUUGCUCACUCGAUGUAUUGCACAGCGCCUAGGGUUUUCUAGAGGCAGACCAGUUGCUGCUUGCAUUAUAUACAAAUGUUUACGGAAAUGGCGAUCAUUUGAAGUCGAAAAAACCACCAUUUUUGAUCGUAUAACCCAAACCAUAGGCCGAGCUAUUGAGACACAAGACAGCAGUGAUAUAUUAGCCUAUUGGUUAUCCAAUGCUUCAACAUUACUGUUGCUGUUACAUUGUACGCUGAAAACUAGUGGCCCUUCUGGAGAUUCCAAUCACCGUCGAUCAAGAUCAGGGAAGAGGACACAGAGCUUUCGAGGAAGUCCUCAUGGUAUAACUGUUUCUUCAAUGGACGGGGAUUCAACAUGUGGAUCUGACUCAUUUCACCCAUUUGAACCCAAAUACCCAGCUUCGCUUUUUAAACAGCAAUUGACUGCAUAUGUUGAAAAGAUAUACGGGCUUAUACGCGAUAACUCAAAAAGAGAAAUAUCUCCAUUGCUUGGCUUGUGCAUUCAGGCUCCGAGAAUUUCUAAAGCAAAUUUGCCAAGAGGGACAGUGAGUGCGUUUGCAAAUGCUGCAUCUCAAGAGAUUUUACUUGCGCAGUGGCAAGGGAUGGUUACCAAAAUUGGAUGCUUGUUAAACACGUUGAACGCUAAUUAUGUGCCACCGUUUUUGAUUCGCCAAGUGUUCACACAGAUUUUCGCUUUCAUCAAUGUCCAAUUAUUCAACAGCCUUCUACUGAGACGAGAAUGCUGCUCUUAUAGUAAUGGAGAAUACGUUAGGUCAGGGCUGGCUAUAUUGGAACGUUGGUGCUAUAAGGCAACCGAGGAGUACGCAGGAUCAGCUUGGGAUGAGCUCAAGCACAUAAGGCAAGCUAUUGCUUUCCUGGUUGCCCAUCAAAAGCCAAAGCUUAAGCUAAGUGAUAUAAGCCGUGAUUUGUGUCCUAUGCUUAGUAUACAACAGCUAUACAGAAUUAGUACAAUGUAUUGGGAAGACAAACAUGGCACACAUAGCCUUUCUCCAGAAGUUAUUUCCAACAUGAGGAUCUUAAUGACCCAGGAUUCAAAUAAUGCUGUCACCAACUCUUUCUUGCUUGAUGACGAUUCAAGCAUACCAUUCUCAACAGAUGACCUCACUAGAUCAAUGGAUACGAUCAGUAUAUCUGAUGUUGACCCGCCACCCCUUCUUCGUGAAAGUCCCGGUUUCAGUUUCUUAGCUCCGCGUUCUAACUAUUGAAGAUAACCACCAUUCCAAAGUUAGUAUGUAGUCUAUGUAGCUCAUUUUUGUAUGCCUUAGGUUUUUAACUUUCAUUCUCAUGCAUUCGAUAUAUAGCAUUGCCAAUUUUGUAGUGUUAAAAUGUAUUCAUGUAGUUUUUUUUAAUCAAAGUUGUAGAGUUAAGCUUAACCUCGUGUAUUUUAAGUUGUAACCACAAGAGUCAUUCUUGAACAUACUUCUUAGUGUCGUGUUUUGUUUGUUUCUUAAAUUAAUCUAAACCCCGAAACUGUUAGCUUUGUU